UCCCAUCACUAGCGCCGGAUGUUGGUUGCCAUGUCUGGUUAGUUACUAAGUUUGCUUUGUUUAUAUUUACCGUUGAAACGUAUGAAUUUUGAAGUUUCACGCGAAGAAGUUAUAGAAUUAUAAAAUAACAUGGAGCUGAAGACUAAGCAAAUGAGGAAGAUAUCGGAAUCUUUGCAACAGCAGAUAAAUAGACUACGGUUAUUAUUAAUUAAUGUCUCAAUUAAUCCAUCAGAAGUUUUAAUUGCAAAAUCAAUGUUUUCUGGACAACUACAGUCUUUAACUCAGAGGUUCAAAAAUUUGACGAGUGAUGAUAAUUGUGAAUAUGAAGAAGUCAAUGUAAAUUUUGCUGAUACAACAGUGACCACAAAACAUAUUUCUCUGUUGAAAGAUAUUGAAGAACUUAUCAAACAAAUCGAUGAUUGUAAACUUGAACAUAAUACUAAUAAUACAACUGAAUCAUUGCUUAAUAAAUUUGCGUUAGCUUUGAGAGCUCUUGAGGAUUUAGAAUGUUUGCCACUGAAGCAAAGACUUCAGGAUUGUUUGGACUAUGUUAAAGAAAUGAGUACAGCAAAUCAGAUAGAAGAUUUUCAAAAUAUCAAGGAACUUGGUUCUUCAAUACUGGAGAUACUUGAACCAUUACAAAAAUACAGGAGAAGUUUAGCAUCCACCACUUUGUCAGAGAAACUAGCUCUAUAUACUUCUCAACUGUGUACAUCAUUUGGUAUGCUGGUGCAAUUGGCUCAGGAGCAACAUUGUUUAAAUGCUCCAAUUUAUGCUUGCAAGAAAUACAUUUGUGGCAGAAUAUGUACUUGUUGCGAAAUGAUCCUAGAGCUGCUCACUGGCUUGAAUCCGUCGAUGAAGGAAGAAGUUUUCGAAAAAGAGAAUCACUUCGUUUACAGAAUGGAUUUAGCACUAGAUAUUAUAUUAGAAAUACCGAACAAAAUGCAUCAAGAGCAACUGUCCGAGUGCGCGGAACUGUGGCUGAGACUAGAAGACGUCUUCUCUCACGCCAUGGCGAUUACACAGGUGUGCCAGCCAUAUAAUUUCAAAGCUAUAACUGGAUCAUGCCAAUUCAUAGUGCAGGAAUACGAAAAGCUGAAGCAACAAUUACAAUCGGAGACACCGGACGUAGCGCUGAAUACUUUGUUUAUGCAUACCUUGACCGAUGCUCUUUAUCGUUUGGAACGUAAAGUCAAUAUAGCGGUAUUGACUCUUGUCAUGGAGGUCUUCAGCAAUCCUUACGUCGUGUUGAAAAAGCUCGUUACGACGUGCGGAAGUUCGUUGAACGCGAAGGAACGGUCCAAGAACGAUCUGAACAAUCUCAUAGAAGAUUUCGACCAACUUUUCGACCAAACCGUGCAGAUCGGAAUGUUCGCUAUCGCCUGUUGCAAAGACAUGAAUCGCAAUAAUAAGAUUCGCAACUGCCUCGCGGGAUUCGAAUCCUUGGAGACCGAAUUGAUAUCCGCGAUCACUUCCUUCUACUUGCAUCCGGAUAACAAUGAGAUGCAUUCCAGCGUCAAGCUGUUGACCGCACAGUGGCAAUUGGAGAUGAAUAAGUUUCAAAAUGUCGUGAAUCUUAUUAUAAACUCAGCCGCCUUUUGCCAGGUAGUUUUGGAUAGUCUUCAAGAAUAUGUAACAACGAUGUCAGAUUGUCUGGAUAACAGACAACCAGUAACUCAGCUGCAGGUGCAUGCUAUUGUUCAGCGCGCCUCGGCUUUAUCCAGCCAAGUGACUGCAGUCAUGAACGACAUAGGUACCGAGAACAUCGACCGUCAGACGAUAAUGAUGACAAGAGAAUUGAAAGCAGCUAUAUUUGAAGCCAACGCAGCCGCUAAGACUCUUCUGGUGCAAAACGCGACGGAACCGCAACAAUUGCGUGUAAUAAAACGUUGUGAAUUGAUCCUAAAAGUCGUUCAGAGACUGCAACCCGCAUUAUCCAUGAUCAUAAACAACACGACACACGAGAAAUCUAGAAGAAGCCAAGGAAACUUCAGCCACAACACGACAAGCACUUUCAAUACCAGUAACAUCAAUUUUCCACCUACUGUUUAUGGUUUACCACGCGACGAGAGCAGUUCAGUUUAUAUUAGAACGCCCUAUACAGUAAAAGCGUAUAAACCGCCGUUGUCCAUUCAACCAGCCAACAGCACCGUGCACAAGCCGUCGGAUUUGUCGUGUUUGAUACCUUAUAUAAAAAGCGGCCGAACGCUGCGCAACGAGCACACAAUUAUGUACAAUACGCCGCAUAAAACAAAAAACACGGCGGAAUCGGUCGUUAGAAGCGAAAUAUCUCUCAGGAAUCUGUCUAACGUCAGACAACAUCUUUUCGACAGAGAUAGUUUCAAAGUUCACAGCGCUAACAUUGACAUCACCGAAGAGAGUAUAGAUUUGACAGCUGCUUUAGAGAAGAUCAGCAUGUUAUCUACGACAGCGAAUGCAACGUUUUCACUUUGUCAGUCUUCCUCAAAGGUGCUAAAUGUAUCUUCUGCUACCGCAGAGAAGGAAUCGGUUUCUAACGUGGUGGAAAAAUUACGUGGGAGUGUGAAAUCAGAAGCGGAAAGUUGUUUAAACAAAUCCCUGGUGACGGGAAAAUUUAGUGAACGUGCUAUAUCUGGUAGCGGCGAUGCAUCUUUGAUCAUGAAGACAUGUAAGAGAUUCAAUAACAUUCGACUUUCUAAUAGCAAGAUUCAGAAAUCAACAUCGAAGUAAUAUAAGAUGUAACGGUAUAGGAACGAGAUUAUAUUUUUACACAAAAUGCUUAUCAAUACAAUGAAUUAUAAUUUCUAAUUAUCAAAAAAUACAUAUUUAAGGUAACAAUUAUAUUAAUAUAUAUUGAUAAACGUAUUUGAACUAUAAUGUCGAUUACAUAUGUAAAUCUCUGUAAUUGUUAAGUUUAAUAAAACUUAAAUUUAAGUUUUUAAUGCAGAUUUCGUGAGAAUUUAUGAAAAUUUAUGAAAUUUGCACGUGAAAUUUUUGUGCUCAUAAAGAGUGAUGCCAACAUGUGGCCCAUUUUUGGGCAGUGAAAAAUGUACUUAAAACAGAUACUAAAUUAAAGGUCUUGAUGAGAUGAUUACAAAGA